AGAAGUUUGCAAGUCUGAGUAAAAAAUUGCCUGUUUUCCAUUUAUGUCCAUCUGUUGCAUUGGGAAAAGCGGAUUCUGGUUCUUCUGACUUCAAAAGAAAGUUGUUUUCCAGCAUGUCGGCGAAUAGUUUGUCGUACAAUGAUCAGGGAGGAGCGGAGAGUGCUGUGGAAGUGGGGCAGGAGACCACCCCAACCACAUCAUCCAGCGGAGCAGGCUUCGGCCUUUUCAGCUCUGACUAUAAAAAGAACGAUGAUCUCAAAGAGAUGCUGGAGAGCAGCAAAGAAUCACUGAAGCUGGAGGCCAUGAAAAGGAUAGUGGGGCUGAUUGCAAAAGGAAAGAAUGCAUCGGAACUCUUCCCAGCCGUCGUCAAGAACGUCGCCAGCAAAAACAUUGAGUUAAAGAAACUGGUGUAUGUGUACCUGGUCAGGUAUGCAGAAGAGCAACAAGAUCUGGCCCUCCUGUCCAUCAGCACCUUCCAGCGAGCUCUAAAGGAUCCCAAUCAGCUGAUCAGAGCCAGUGCCUUAAGAGUUCUCUCCAGUAUCCGUGUGCCCAUUAUCGUCCCCAUCAUGAUGCUGGCCAUUAAAGAAGCCGCCACUGACCUGUCCCCUUACGUCCGCAAAACCGCUGCUCACGCCAUCCAAAAACUCUACAGCCUUGACCCAGACCAGAAAGACCAUCUGAUUGAAGUGAUUGAGAAACUGCUGAAAGACAAAAGCACCCUGGUGGCGGGGAGUGUUGUGAUGGCUUUUGAGGAGGUUUGUCCAGACCGGAUUGAUCUCAUCCAUAAGAACUACCGUAAGCUGUGUAAUCUACUGGUGGAUGUGGAGGAAUGGGGACAAGUGGUCAUUAUCAACAUGCUGACACGCUACGCCAGGACCCAGUUCAUCAGCCCAUGGAAAGAGGACAAUGUGUAUGAGGAGAACAGUGAGAAGGCCUUUUAUGAGUCUGAUGAGGAGAAAAAAGAAGUGAGUCAGUCAAAGCCCUACAUAAUGGACCCGGACCACAGGUUACUGCUGAGGAACACCAAACCACUGCUACAGAGCAGGAACACGGCUGUGGUUAUGUCUGUGGCUCAACUUUAUUGGCAUUUGGCCCCUAAACAUGAAGUUAGCAUUGUCACCAAGUCUCUGGUGCGACUGCUAAGGAGCCACAGGGAAGUGCAAUACAUAGUUUUACAGAACAUUGCCACCAUGUCCAUUCAGAGAAAGGGCAUGUUUGAGCCCUACAUGAAGAGUUUCUAUGUGAGAUCCACAGAUGCCACACAUAUCAAGAUCCUCAAGCUGGAGAUCUUGACUAACUUGGCCAAUGAUGCCAACAUUUCCACCAUCCUAAGAGAGUUUCAGACCUAUGUAAAGAGUCAGGAUAAGGCAUUUGCGGCUGCCACCAUCCAGGCCAUAGGCAGAUGUGCCACACACAUCUCUGAGGUGACGGAUACCUGUCUGAACGGCCUGGUGCUACUGCUGUCCAACAGAGACGAGACAGUUGUGGCGGAGAGUGUGGUUGUGAUUAAGAAACUCCUCCAGACACAACCCUCACAACACAGUGAAAUCAUCAAACAUAUGGCCAAACUGUUUGACAACAUCACGGUUUCCAUGGCGAGAGCCAGCAUCCUGUGGCUGAUUGGAGAAUAUUGCGAACGUGUCCCUAAAAUUGCUCCGGAUGUUCUAAGGAAAAUGGCAAAGACUUUCACCUCUGAAGAGGACAUUGUCAAACUGCAGACAGUCAACCUGGCAGCCAAGUUAUACCUGACCAACUCCAAACAGACUAAGUUGCUGACACAGUAUAUUCUGAACCUGGGGAAGUAUGAUCAGAACUAUGACAUCAGAGACCGGACUCGGUUCAUCAGGCAGCUUAUUGUGCCCAAUGAGAAGAGUGGAGCACUCAGCAAAUAUGCCCGUCGCAUCCUGCUUGCCCCCAAACCUGCUCCUGUACUCGAAUCCGCCUUCAAAGACAGGGAUCGUUUCCAGCUUGGCACCCUGUCCCACACACUGAAUGUUAAAGCCACUGGGUACCUGGAGCUCUCUGAUUGGCCAGAAGUGGCUCCUGACCAAUCAGUGAGAAACGUGGAGGUGGUUGAGCCAGUAAAAGAGUGGACUGAAACGCUGGGGAAGGCCAAACCCGCUAAAUCAGAUGACAAAUUCUACUCCGAUUCAGGGGAGGAGGAAGAGGAGGAGGAGGAGGAAGGCUCAUCCAGCAGCGAGGACAGCAGCAGCAGCAGCAGUGAAGAGUCAGACAGCGACGAAGAGAGCGAGGAAAAGAGCGGAAGCCAGAGUGACGAUGAUUCUGACAAGAGCUCCAGCCAAUCAGAGAAGAGCUCCAGUGAGUCUGACUCUGACAAGAAAAAGCAGAAAACGCUGAAGAACAAAAAACUUCAGCAGAAGAAGAAACCCAUACCAUCUAAGAAAGACAGUGACUCAGAGGAAGGGGACAAUGGUAAAGGUGCUGAAUCGGAAAGCAGUUCCCCCGGAGAGAGCUCAUCUGGGUCGGAAUCCGACUCUGAAUCAGAACCGGACACAGACUCCGAUUCUGGCACCGAACAGAAGAAGACAGUCAAGACUAAACCUGUGAAAAAGGUAGAGGAGAAGCCUCAGAAGGAGAUUUCUCUGCUGGAUCUAGAUGACUUCUCUCCAGCGCCUGUGACUGCACCCAAGACUUCAAUCCUGUCUCCCAGCCUACUAUCUGAUCUGGAUGGGCUAUCUCUCUCCAACACCUCACCAACCAUACAGGUCAGUUCUCCAGUGUUUGUCCCAGUGAAAUCUCAUGAACUGCUCCACCGCAUGACCGGUAAAGGGCUGACGGCACAGUACCAUUUCCCCCGGCAACCCUGUAUCUAUGGCAACAGCAUGGUCUCCGUCCAGCUCACACUGACCAACAACGCUGACCACGCGCUGGAAGACAUUCACAUCACAGAGAAGACGACCACCGGUCAAAAAAUCCACCGCUUCAACCCCGUUGAGCGACUGGAGCCAGAGGCGUCCAUCACUGUGUCCAUGGGCAUUGACUUCAAUGACUCCACACAAGCUGCCAGUUUCCAGCUCUGUACUAAAGAAGACCAGUUUAGUGUAUCCAUUCAUCCUGCAGUGGGGGAGCUAUUUCUACCCGUCACCAUGAGUGAAAAGGACUUCAGCAAUGAACAAGGAAAACUUUUGGGCAUGAAUGAGUCCUCAGCAACUAUCACCAUGGGACCGGAGACCCUCUCAAGUCAGCCAGUCAGCAAGAAGGUGGUAUCUGUUGCUAACAUGGGUGUGGUCCCAUCUAGCAGUGACAACACACACAGGUUUGCAGCCAAGACAACCAGUUCCGGUACCUUGGUGUUGGUCUCAGUAGUGCUGAAGGACGAUGAUACGGCCCAACUCACCGUAAACACAGAAAAGACCGUCAUUGGCUCCAUGUUGCUGCGCGACCUCAAAACCGCCCUGACUCAGGCGUAGGACACCCCCCUCCCUCCCCAGGUCUUUUAAUGCAAGCAAAAUCAUCGUGAGACAAUUUUGAGAAACAGAGAGAGUGAAUUGAUGGUACAUAUUGUAUUCUUACCCUACUGACAGCUAACAGACACCCACUCAUUUAAAAGGAACACUGACAGAAAGUUUAGAAAGUCAAUACUGAGAGGAGAAGAUCUGUAACUCUUGCUGUUCUGUUUGAGGUUGAGCACAGUAAUAAAUUCUAGUUUCCUUGAUAUGUUUUUACCCUGACACAGAAUGUGUGAAACAGAAAAGAUAUAUCAAAGUGCUAUACUGUGAACUUUUACUCUCAUUUUGCCCUUUUAGUAUUUACUGUCAUUGAUUUGUAACUUGUUACAAAGGUGUUUUUUUUGGGGGGGUUUGGUUUGGUUUGUUUUUUUUUAAUUCCCCUAUUACCAUCGACCUACAGACUACAGCUGCAGUUCUGUACUCACCUGUAGUUCUUUAGCCUUGCACUUAAACAGUGUACUGUACUAAAAAUUCGUAUAUUAAUUGUACAGUUUCGGAGACAAUAUGUUUUUCUGCAGCGGUGAUAUUCAUGAGCACAUACCUUUUUCUGUUAGCUUGGAUUUGCCUGUGCUUGGAUUUGCCCGUGGCAAACUGUCCACAUUAGCAAACAGGCAAAAUAAGGUAGUGUGCAGUUGACAUUCUGAGCCCCACAGCUGUAGCAGUGGCCACGUCACCAGUCCCAUUCCAUUUACAUUAACAAUUGAAACCAAAUGUUCUGUUUGAAUCACUGAAAUUAUUGAAACUGAUGAAAAGCUAACAUGCCAUGAAUGUCCGCCAUGUCGGAGAAAAACCUGUUCUCGAGUCUUGUUCUUGUCAUUUGCGUCACUUUAAUGUUCCUGCUCAAGUAAUGACAUUGAGGGUCUAGAUAGAAACCUUUGAAUCACUUCAUGGCCAGGGAAAGAAUAAAACAAUUAGGUUUGUUCUUUCCGACCUUAAAAACAUUGCCACAGUAGUCUUCUCCUCUCAGUGAUGGAUCACCACCUACUGCAGGUUCAUUCCAAACCCUGAGUCUUUUAUACCAGUGAAAAAAUCCAUGUGAAGUGCCUUUCUGAAAUGUGUAAAAAAAAAAAAAAUGGAGUAUCAAAAAGAAACACAAGCAGUGAUGCAUUGAUGUCUGUAUAAGUUGUCAUACACAAGAGAAACUGAA